AUGCAGCAAGCUGUGAGCAAUGUUCGCAAUCGCCACGUCAAUGUGAGUCCAAACGACCUGGUACAGGAACUGCUCAACUCCAAGCGCCUGCUCGAGUCGCAGCGCGUGCAUAUGGCCCAGUUUGCCAGUGCUCUCAGCACCAUCAUGAGUGCCCGCUCCCAAGCCACCUGGCGCGAGCUCAAGCGCCUCUACGACCCCCUGGACCCGGAUCGCGACUCGAUUCAGCUGCGCCGACUCAAUGCUGCCGAGCGUGCCCGCCACGAGCGCGAAUUUCUUGCCCUCUUAAACAGCACCAUUGAUGCUGCCAACUUUGAAGUGCUGCCCCGCGGGGAUGUGCUCGCGCAGCUCAAAGAAAAAGUGUCCGUGGAGGGCGUCAAAGUGUCUGUCGAUCAGGAUAAAUACGAGUUUAUUCGAGUAUGGACAAGAGGGCGGGCCCGUACACAACAGGUGCACUGGACGCGCCGCGCGUCGAAACUCUUACGCUGGGCGCGGGGCCAACCCGACGUUCAAGAUCUUCAACAGAUCUACCCGCGCUGCCUCGUCGCGUGCAAGCAAAAGGACCAAAUUAGCCUCAAAGUCUUUAAAAACGUUGAAGACGACAAACUCGAGCUGCUCCUGCCGGAUAUCAAGAUUGACAUGUCCAAUUUUGACCGUAACAUGCUCUAUGGCACUCUGGCCGUCACGACCGUGACCUUUUUGAUGCGCAUGAAUGCCUCCUUUCAAGAUAACCUGGCCUUGGGUCCCGUCAAGGGAGGAUUGGCUGCCAUUAUCAUUACCGCCGGUUUCCUUGGCUACCGUCUUUGGGACGGUGUCUCGAAUAACCGGCACCGCUACCUGGCCCGCUACCACAAAACGCUGUAUUUUCAAAACGUCGCCAGUAACCGCAGCGCACUCGCCCUGCUCAUUGAUCGGGCCGCCGAGGAAGAAUUUGCCGAAACACUCUUGGCCUACUUUGCCCUCGUCACCUCCCCGGGAUCACUGACUCAUCGUGGGCUUGCCGUGGUGGUUGAAGAUCAACUGCUGCGUGACAUCUUUGGCGUCCAUGUGCAAUUUGACACGGAAGAUGCAGUCCGCAAGCUCCACGAGCUCAACCUGAUUGCCAACACCACCCGUCACUCUCACUUUGGCGUCGAAGCUAUCUCCGCCAUUCCUCUCCCACAAGCUGCGCAAGCCAUGCAGUCCAUGACGGCUCGUGACAUGCGGGCCCUGCGCUAG